UUCAAAACGGUCCACCAUAGUUUUUCUGGAUAAAAGAGUCUUCUUUAGUAGUAUUGAAGUAUUUAUGCAACUGGUGUGAUUGUGUCUACUUUAAAUUAUUAUGGUAUAGAAAAAGCGUGCUUAGAAACACAGUGAAAAUGGCGUGAAUGUGAAUGUCAAUACGUGUGAGGCCGUCUUCUCAAACGGCGGUCGUGAUAUCGGUUUUUUACCGAGACACUGUAUGUAAUUUAGUGUAAUGUGUUAGUGAACUUUUUAUCUACCUAUUGUGAACAGUGAACGUUGUUUAUUCUUGUGAACUAUGUGAAAUUCGACUCAAUUGCCGAGUCAGCUGUGAAGUGAUAUCAUGAACUGAGAACUGUCAAAACAGAAUAUGUGAAAACUCUGUUGUUUUGUUCAAGUUAUUUUAAGGCUGCAAUUAAGUAUUAUCAUACUGACCUUUGACCCCUGAAGUGACCCGCUAACUAUAUACAGUGUCUGGCGUACGAACGGUAUCGUCAUAAACGCCGUGAAAGAAACGUGUAACGACAGACCCUCACAUUGUUAGUAAAAAACCGUCAGGACAUUGACAAUACCAGACAAUAAUGUAAAUUCAAAGUGAAAACAGUAUAUAACUUUAUGGUGUGAUGAAGAUAAAUUUUAGUGUAUUAUUUUUGUGCUUGUUUGUAAUUUGUGAAAUGGCAUCCUUACCGCCAAGGUUUAGAAACCAAUUAAGAAGAACAUCACGCAGUUUGAUGUGCAGAAGUGCAGACAACAGUGUGAACAGUGUUGACCCCGGGAUUGUGCCAGUGGGCUUUCGGGUUCACAAUGAGUUGGGAGGCCCAGGUGGGGCUGGAGACGCCUUUGUGCCAGGUGAUGGAACGGUUCCUAGUGGGGCCGGAGGCAGACGUUCAGGUGAACUUCCCAGUCGUGAGGGUGUGGAUAAUCCUAGGAAUGUACUUCCUGACGAUGAUAUCAGACCAAUAGAUAGUAUCUCUAACGUACCUUCAAGAAAAACUGCCUCCACUACACUUUCAAAGUUGAAAUAUCAAGCUAUUCAAAAAGAAAUUGAAUUAAAGAAUCAACUGAUGACUUUAACAGAAAGAAAUAAAUUUGAAGAUGAAAGAAAAGAAUUAGAGAGCCGUUUAGAAUUUGAAAAAGUGGAAGAAGAGAUUCGACUAGCAUCUGAAAAAGCAGAACGGCUGCGUAGAGAACAUGAAUUAAAGGCAAGAUUAACAGAAAUUAACAGAAAAGAAGAAGAAUUGUUAUUGAGAUCUAAAUUAUCAAGUGCUGCAGAAGUUAAUAGAAUGUAUGUUCAGGUAGAUUCUGAAAUUUCCUUUAAAAGGCCUGUGCAACCUUUGAAUAACACUGGCCCUGUGAACAAUGUAGUGAACAUAUGCGACCCUGUGACACCUGCUGUAAGCAUGCGAGACCCUGUGACACCUGCUGUGAAUGCUGUAAGCAUGCGUGAUCCUGUGACACCUGCUGUGUACAGUAACAAUUCUUUGAACAUUCAUGAACCCAUGAUUGUACAACCCCCUAUAGUGAACAUUAACAAUCGUGUAAACAGUCCUAUAAACAUUAGUGAAAAAGAACAUGUGGAUGUGAAUCGAGAUACAGAAACCAUCAAUCAUAGUAUGACAAAAUCUGAACAUGUCGUCCAUGGACAGCAGUGA